AUGUUCAGAACUCCUAAUAUUAACAUCCCAAUUAGGAAACUUGAUGGAAUACUUCCCCUAAAUUUCUCUUUCCGCCGCCCCUUUCAUUCCUCAUCGGAUGGCUACACUAAUUUGGUCGAGAAAUUUGCUCACUAUCGAGACCUGCAGUCCGGUAAAGCUGUUCACGCUCAGCUUAUUGUCAAGGGGUUGGCUCGGAAACCUCAUUUUGCCUCCAAGCUCAUAGCUUUCUAUACUGGGUGCAAACACCUUAGUUAUGCCGAGAAGCUGUUCGACGGAAUUCCCGUGAAAAAUGUUCGCCGUUGGAUCGCACUCAUUGGCGCCUAUGCUCGCAAUGGAUAUUACCAAGAAGCUCUGGAUGUUUUCUUCAAAAUGCAGAAGGAAGGGCUAAAGCCAAGUGAAUUUGUGCUUCCCAGUCUUCUCAAAGCUUGUGGUCACCUCUCUGAUUUACGUACCGGGAAGAUCCUUCAUUGUUUAGCUGUGAAAAAUGAGUUCGAAUCGGAUGUGUUUGUGGGAAGCUCGUUGAUUGACAUGUACUCAAAAUGUGGGGAGAUUAAGAUGGCUAAGAGGGUGUUUGACGGUAUGGUGAACAAAGAUUUGGUUGCACUCAAUGCAAUGGUUUCCGGCUAUGUCCAAAAUGGUAUGGUUAAGGAUGGAAUGAAUCUGGUUCAAGAAAUGAAGAUAUUAGGAAUGAAGCUUGAUUUGAUCACCUGGAAUACGAUCAUUGCAGGGUUUUCGCAAGAAAAUGAUGAAUUAAUGAUCUCUCGAACAUUCCAGUUGAUGCGCGAGGAUGGGGUGGAACCUGAUAUGGUGUCCUGGACAUCUGUAAUUUCUGGUUUUGUGCAGAAUUUUCGCAAUGAAGAGGCUUUUGAUACCUUUAGGCAGAUGUUGGGUUCUGGGAUGCGUCCAAAUACAGUCACAAUUAGUGGUUUAUUACCUGCAUGCGCAAAUGUAGCAGACUUGAGACGAGGAAAAGAGAUACACGGAUGUGCUGUCGUGACGGGAAUGGACAAAGAUACAUUCGUUGGGAGUGCUCUCAUAGACAUGUAUGCCAAAUGCGGGUAUAUUACUGAGGCAAGGGCUCUGUUUAAGAGCACACCAGAAAGGAGCACGGCUACUUGGAAUUCUAUGAUUUUCGGCUAUGCGAAUCAUGGACAUUGUGAAAUAGCAAUAGAACUUUUCGAUAAUAUGCUACGUCAGGCAGAUACAAAGCUCGAUCACUUGACUUUUACCGCUGCUUUGACUGCUUGCAGUCAUGCUGGGAUGGUAACGCACGGAGAAAGCUUAUUCCAGGUAAUGCAAGAAAAGUAUGGCAUUGAACCAAGAUUAGAGCAUUAUGCUUGCAUAGUGGAUCUUCUAGGAAGAGCAGGACAGGUCGACCGGGCCUAUGAUUUCAUCCAGAGUAUGCCGAUGAAACCGGAUCUGUUUGUUUGGGGAGCAUUAUUAGGGGCAUGCAAGCAGCACAACAAUGUGCAUCUUGCUGAGAUUGCAGCUGAUCAUUUGGUAAAGCUUGAGCCUGAGAGUCGAGGAAGCAGCUUGUUAUUGUCCAAUCUUUACUCUGGUUCAAGUCGGUGGGGAAAAGUUGUAAAGUUGAAGAAGGUUAUGAAGAAAAGGAAAUUGGAAAAAUAUCCUGGUUGUAGUUGGAUAGAUGUGGUAUGA